ACAAGGACAUGUUUCUGUUUUGGUGCAAUGGUGCAAACGUUUGUCAUAACUCUCACUUUAAAAUGUCUCAUAAGAUUUCACAGUCAAUUGUCACACUAGAUGUGCACAAUAUAAACUCCUUACUGUUUCAUAAGGCAGUGUUACACUGUGUGUGGGGGGGCUGAAGGGGUGUUCCUCGGGAUCAAACCCCACCUCCAGACCACUUACAGCAGGGAGGAAGAAGUGAGUCUGUCCCCCUCUCUGCACCGGGCUGUGGGUCCUGUCUGUCCGCUGCAGAGCUCAGACUCUCCAGCAUCAUGGAGCUCCACUACUCCUUCAUGUGUCUGAGCUUUAUUCUGCCUCUGUGCACGCCGGACAACCACCGCAGCAGCCCCUCGGUUCUGGAGCCGUAUGAUAUCCUCUUCGACACGGCCGUGGACGCCUACAAUAACGGGGACUGGCUGACGGUCAUCCUGAACAUGGAGAAGGCGAUCAAGAACAAGGCUACGGUCCGCAACGUGAAGGCUUCGUGUCGGCUCAGCUGCGCCAACCAAACCGCGUUCGGCGAGCCUGUGGCCGGCCUCGGAGUGCCCGUGCCCGGGGCCGGGUCUGUGGAGGACCUGGGCUUCUUCCAGAAGAUCCUGAAGCGGGCGGACUGUGUGAACUCCUGCGAGUCAGAGAAGCUCGGCUCACCCACUUUUCACCUCGUCGGGGAAGAAGUGGAGCUGGAGUUCAAGAAGAGGACUCCGUACAAUUACCUACAAGUCGCUUAUUUCAAGAUCAACAAGCUGGACAAGGCAGUAGCAGCAGCCAACACCUUCUUCCUGGCCAACCCGGACCACAUGGAGAUGAGACAGAACCUGGAGUACUACAGGAUGAUGGCAGGAGUACAGCAGGAGGACUUCAAAGACCUGGAGGCCAAACCACACAUGGCCAAGUUCCUGGUGGGAAAGAGUUACUACAGCCACGACUCUUUUGGUCUGGCGGCUGAAAACUUUGAAGUGGGCCUGGACGAGUACUUCACAGCCGACAGGGAGUGCAGAGCUCUGUGCGAAGGAGCCUACAACUACGAUGGAUACAACUACAUGGAGUACAGCGCCGACCUGUUCCAGACCAUGACUGACCACUACAUGCAGGUACUGAACUGUAAGCAGCACUGCUCUGUGGAGCUGGCCUCUACCGCCGGCAGGGACAAGCCCUUUGAGGACUUCCUCGCCUCUCAGUACAACUACCUGCAGUUCUCCUACUACAACAGUGAGAAGUAUGAGAAGGCCAUAGAGUGUGCCAAGACCUUCCUGUUGUUCCACCCCAGCGACGUGGUGAUGAACCAGAACCUGGCGUAUUACUCUGUUGUGUUGGGCGAGGACAAGGCAGAAACCAUAUCAGCCAGACAGGUGGUGAAACAGUACAUUCAGAAGUCCUUACUGGAGAAAGAGCUGCUCUACUUUGGAUAUGAAGCAUUUGGGAUUACCUUUGUAGAUCCAGACUCAUGGACACCUGAAGAUGUCAUGCCUAAGAAACUGAGAGACAAGCAAAAGGCUGACAGGGAGACGGCGGCGAGGAUCACAGAGGAAAUAGGAAACCUGAUGAAAGAGAUUGAGACUCUGGUGGAGGAGAAGAAGAAGGAUUCUUCGGAUGUGACCAAGAUUAUUGCACCGGAGGAAGAUGGCGCUGUGCUGUCCGAUAGCAUCAAGAUAACCAUGACGUCCCAGCAGCUGAACGGCACACAGCGGGCGCUUCUGGAUGGAGUGAUCAGUGAAGAUGAGUGCAGGGAGCUGCAGCACCUCUCCAACGCUGCUGCUUUGAAAGGUGAUGGCUACAGGGGGCACACCUCCCCCCACUCCCCCAGUGAGAUGUUUCAGGGAGUCACCGUCCUGAACGCCGUCAAGCUCGGACAGGAGGGGAAGGUUCCUCUGAACAGUGCUCGUCUCUUCUUCGACCUGAGCGAGAGGGUGAGGAAGGUGAUGGAAUCGUACUUCCAACUUGACACUCCGCUCUACUUCGCCUAUUCCCACUUGGUCUGUCGCUCUGCCAUUAAUGAGAAGCAGGAGGAGCGUGAGGACCUGAGUCACCCUGUUCAUGUGGACAACUGUCUGCUGGUGUCUGAGAUCAACGAGUGUAUAAAGGAGCCUCCUGCAUACACACACAGGGACUACAGUGCCAUUCUUUAUUUAAACCAUGACUUUGAAGGAGGAGACUUCAUUUUCACUGAGCUGGACGCCAAAACUGUCACGGCUGAGGUGCGCCCGCAGUGUGGACGUGUGGUUGCGUUCGGUGCAGGGAAAGAAAACCCACACGGAGUCAGAGCUGUCACGCAGGGUCAGAGGUGUGCUGUAGCGCUGUGGUUCACCCUGGAUCCUGCUCACGAGGAAAAGGAGAGAAUCCAAGCUCAGGAUUUGCUGAAGAUGUUUUCCACACCUCUGAAUGCCGAGUUCAGCAGGAAGGAGAUGACAGACAGCUCAGAGCCCCAACCCGCAACACCAGAGCCUCCUCCUGCACAGGCUUCCCAGGAGACAGCAGAUGGAAAACAAGACGACAAACCAGCGGAGCAGAAGGAUGAGGCACAGGCCGAGAAACCAGCCGACACACCGAUGGACAAACCAGCCGACAUGCUGAAGGACAAACCAGCCGACACGCUGAAGGAAAAACCAGCGGAGAAGAAGGACGAGGCACAGGCUGAGAAACCAGCCGACACGCCGAAGGACAAACCAGAGACGAAACCAGUCAGCAAAACAGGCGCCAAAGCUGCUCCGAAAGCAAAGGCUAAAGCUGGAGAGCAGGUGAAGGACAAGAAGACAGACAAAGGCAAAGCUGCAGCCAAAAAAGAUGGGAAACAGACGGUUAAAACACAAACCAAGCAGUCCGACAAAAAAGACACAAAACCAGCUGCAAAAAAGACGGUAAAGGUUGUCGCCAAGAAGGACUCCAAAAAAGCUAAAGCUGCCGGCACGUCGGCCUUGGACUCUCAGAACGGCAAGGAAGAGCUGUGAUGUAAGAGCACCUGUGACUGUUAAUGUGAUGUCUGUUUUUAAGGUCUUCUCUGUGGGUCUUACUAAAAUGUUACCGGCCUUUAAAUGAACUGUUACGCUGCUGUUCCACUGCAGGUGUCACUCGGAUCAUUACUUGAGUAUUUUUAUAUUCUUGCUGACAAUCUUCAAAAGUGCCCAAAUUAAUGUGACCUUCUUUGUUUGUCAUCCAAAGUUUUUUCUCUCUACAGAUGGGACGGGUCAUCUCAGUUUUCAACCUGAAUCCUCUUUAUUUUCUUUUAUGAAACCAACCACAGCUUGGAGAAACAGGAAGAGGUUGAUAUGAGCUGAGCAAACCCAAAUCAACUGUGUGAAUCAAACAAAAUUAAAGUGAUGUUUCUAAA